GCGGCUGGAGCGGCCCCGGCCUCUUUCGGCUCGGUAGGCUCAGGUAGCUUUGGCGGCGACCGGGCUGCAGCUGCAAAGGCCGGGCUGGCGGGGCGAGAGCGGGCCGCGGAGCAGGCCUCAGGAAGAGGCCCCUUCUCCGAAUGCCCUCAUGGAGGCAUUGGCUACAGUGUCCGAAUCUUGGAAAAGAAAUCCCCUUUCUCAAGGUGAAAGGAGUGUUGUGAACUUCUGAGGGACUGAUCGAUAUUGGUUGGGAAAAUCUAAAUGGUAUUUGGGAAGGCACAUAGAAAAUCUCAAGAUGCUGAAUAAAAGUCACAGAGGAUUCUUCUAAAAAACUGGUUCAGUGGUGUCUUGUGCCAGCUUGGAUAGAUCAGCUCAAGUUUGGGUGAACCGUUUGAUGUAAAAGACUUGACUCCAUAAUCUUCCAUCUGCCCUAAUGCUGUCAUCCGGAGUAGAGACUCAGCCAGUUCCACUUGAUUCCUCCAUGUCUGCCGUGGUACAGGAAUUAUACUCUGAACUCCCAGUGAGUGUCUCCAAAGAGCUUCAUGCUGACCCUGAGCCAAGUGUGAUUCCAGAUGUAAAACCCGGAGCCUCAAGCUCUCUUAUAAGUCAGAGUAGGGCAGUGCCCUUGGAGCAGCAGAGGACUUGUGCGGAAGGUUGUUGUGAAGAAACUUCUGGCACCUUGGAUCAUGGGGGUGAGCCUGGGCAGUGUGGGUUGGUGGACACCACAGCAGGAGGUUCUGUGGCUUCUGGGGUCUUGGAUAGGGAAGAGAAAACCAAGAGCAUGGAGCUAAAGGUCUUCAAAGAUGAAGGGGACCAGGCGGAAAUUGUAAGAGACCCCUGUGAGGGAGCAAAGGAAGACCCACAUCAACAUUCCACAGCUGCUGAAGAAAAGAUCAGCCCAAGUCAGGAAGACCUCCUGAUGCAGUCAAGCAAAGAACGUUUAUGCACGAGGAUCCCUGAAGACUGUUUGAGGAGCAAAGACGGAAAUGUACAAAUUACAACUGGAACUCUGCUUAUAUCUACUGAAGAAGUACAAGGUAUGAAGGUCAAUGGGACUAAGGCGGAUUAUAAUGAAGGACACAAGAAUGGCAAUGUGAGUAAAGGUCUCUCAGCUGGGUGCAGCGAAUACCCAGAAGUAGACAAAAUCAUGACCAGUGGCAAGGUUUCAGAAACCAGCACAUUAGUUUCCCUAGAGCCUUUAACCUUGGUGGACCCUGGAUUAACAGAAUCAUCUUCUAAAGAAAAAGAAUGUGAAGAAUUAAAAACUUGUCCUUCUUGGUUGUCAUUAUUACCAGGGAACAGUGCCAUUUCCAAAGUGGACAAUGAAAAGGAAGAGUUAAACCUUGUCUGUGAAGCAGAUGACAAUCACCAACAGAUUCUUGGCCACCAUAAUGAAAACCACAGUUUUGCCCAUGGCAGCCCCAAGGCCACAAGAAAUGUAGUUUUCGUAGAACCCUUAGAAAAAAAUUCUGACAUUUCAUAUUUCUCAUCAAGUUUGUCCGGUCCAGAAUCCAAAACAACAUGCUUAGAAACAUGUGGCUUUGAAGGUGAUGGCUUGCUGAAAGGAUCUGCUAAGAAGACAGACAAUUCCUGUUUUGAUGGGAGUGAUCAAGGCAAGAACUUGGCUACUAGAAGAGAAAAUGAACAGUUUUUGAACCUCAGGAGUGAAAGAGGGGAACUCUUUCUUGUUAAUGCCAGGCAACCAGAAGAGGAUGCUAAUGGUCAUUGUCCUGGUGAGAAAGAGACUGUUGCCUCCCCAAAAGUGAAUAUUCAUGGUAACUGUUGCAUUCAAGGCAGUAUCCGUAUGGACAGCCCUGAUUCUUUAGUGCCCGAUUCUUUUACCGAAGCCACAGAAGUAAUGUUAAAAAAAAAUGAUUUAAAAAUCACUUUAGACACUCAAGGUGGCUUGACAAACCAUGAGGACCAUAGAGAAACUUCUGCUGAUAGGAGCCAUCCAGGCAGACACUCUGAAGAGAGCAGUUUUUCCUCCUUGAUGCAGAUUGAAGAGCCAGAACCGACAACCACUAUAGAGCCCAAUAUGGUAACUGAAAAGAUUUACAGUAAAGACUCUAACUCCUUAGUCUGCACCCAGGAAAAUCUGGAAGGCAACACCCGGUUAAAUGAAGCAUCAUAUAAUAAAUUUCUGAAUGAAAGAAAAUCCCUUGUGAGUUUAAUGCCAGAGGACCAGAUAAGUCCUAUGGAUGAGGUAUCAAAACUCAAGAAAGAUAUUGCUCAGUUACCACUAUCCCUAGAAUUUGAUUACAGACCUGAGUCAGAGCAAGCUAUACAGACCCCACUGGAUGGUAGUUCACAUUUAGAUAAGCAGAACACUGCCUGUGAGAUGAAUGAACUUCCUCAUACCAAUGAACUGGUUAUAAACAGAAUAGAAAAUGAAUGUGCUUUAAAUCAAGUGCCCCUUAAUUCUCAAGACCACGCAAAGUUGCCAGCUAACAAAGAGAUGCCUUUAGCAACAAGCGAGGAUUCCCAGCAGAGCCAUCACCCUCCAUUAGAGGAUGGAGCAGAUGUCAUUGCUGACACCCAGACCAUUCCCAUCAAAACAAAAAUGAAAGACAUCUCUCCAUCAGGUGACAGAACCUGUGGUGCCUCUUCAAACAAUCCCACCUUAAACAUCAAACCAGGAAGCCUAGAAAGAAAAGACAAAAUGGCUGAUUCAGGAAUUGUAGAUCUACAUUCCAGCCUUCUCUCAAGUAAGAAAGAAGCAGCAGCCUUACCUCAAGAGGUCUCUGCUAUGGAAUGUCGAAGUGUUCAGUCUCAGGAUCUCGCUAGCUGUCAUUGUGUAAAUAAAAACGCACCAGAAAAGAGCAUGUGUUCUGCUUGUGCUGCAUUUGAGUCCAUCCGUGUCAUCCCAGAAGUUGAAAACUCUUUAAUAACCAAGUGUGAAGAUGCAUUUCAACACAGCAGUGACCACUCCCAAAGAAGAGAAGACUCCUCGGAAAGUAGCACCCAUAAAGUGGGUCACACAUUGGAAGAAAAUGAACUUGCUGGGGGAGAAACUAAAGGCAGCCUCCCAGGAAAUAAGAUCAGAAACAAUUUGGCAGUAGGCAUGUUAAAUAGUGAAGCUUCAGACAAAACCAUUCCCACCACCAGUCAUACCCAACCCUGUGAGGAAGGUCUGAAAAGAGAGGGAAGGGAUAUACCAAAAGGGACUGUGUUUUGCAAGUAUAACAUCUCUGACUGUUCCACACCACAACUAAACUUACCUGCAAACAUUCCAAGCCCUGAAAAAGUUUUGGACCAGUCUCUUAUGAUUAUGUUCUCCAGUUUCAGAAACAUGAGCCAAGCAAUUGAAACUCUUGAUCAAAAAGAAGAUAAAGUUCUUGAUACCCAGAGUAACCAGAACAGACCAGAUGAAUCCAGAAGUGAAGAUAAACCAGCUAAGGAGACACUACAUGGUGAUGAGAGAGAGACUGUCACAGAACCUAACAGAGAGAUAAGCCACAAUCAAAAAGAUCUGUUAGUUGGUUCAGGCAGUAACAACCCAUUGUCUAGUGGUAGUUCAAAGAAAGGCGAUUUGAAAGGAGACUUUGGACAUAUUUCUGGUUGUGAGGAGUCCACAGAUGGUAUGGUAGACAUCGUCUACACAGACUGUAGUAAUCAGUCUACAGAAAGCGUUUUGGACUUACAAGCAUCUAGUACCCUUGUUGGUGGUGCAGGACAAGAUACACUGACGUUACAGGAUACCUCAGUGAAUACUCUGCCUCAGAGAGGAAAACUGGAUGCUGCAUUUAUUGGAAUGAUGGACCAGGACUCAGAUUUUCCAGAUGCUACUUCGUCUUUAGUAGAGCCUCUGGAAAUUAAAAAAUCAUGUGAAAAGAAAGUAUGCAGAUCAUUAAAAGGUUGUGAAGUGGAAAUGUGUCCCGACACUUGUGCCAAUGAGAUAGAGUCUAUUGCAGGUCAUCAACCAAAUACAAAAACAUUGAAUAGUAUAAAUGUGUCCUUAGAUUAUAUUCGUCAUGAACAGCAAAUUAAAGAAGCAUCCCAGAAAGAAACACAAGGAAUAAUUGAAGGAUCAAGACUGAAAAUAAAUUUUGAGUUUGAUAAGGAAAAUACCUUCAGAAUUUCCUCAGAAGAGUUACUGUCUUCUGGAUGCCCAGAUGAGAACCCUGUUCCCAUAGUGAGCCUGAAAUCUGUUGAGACAAUGCCUUUGUAUCUGUUUUCUCAAGAAAAUUCAGAAAGUAACGUUAAUAGUGGAGAAACUGAGCUGAAAAAUCUUUUUAAACCAAAAGAUGAUAAAAUCCUUUGUGAAAACGUAGAGCACUGCACAGUCCUGCUUGAGGCAAACAAAGGAGCACCAGGGGAUGAGAGUAAUUCUAGUAAAGGAAUCAGAAUAGACAGCAGUAUGCAAAAUUUGCCUUUGACAAUGGAAACAGAAACUAAGUUGAAAGGAGAAGAAACUGAAGAACAUCAGAGGGGACCCCUGGGUUACUUAACUGUCAGGGAAGAGUCUGAGGAGAGGAUUACCAGAGAAGCUGGUCACAAUAAUAAACAGAGAGAGACUUCUCAGACCCACUCUAAAUCUCAGAGGAUGGUUGGUGAUACUGAAGAGCAACAAAGCCAGAGGGCUUUGAACUACAUGUUGCAAAAUGAAGAGGAAUGUGUACAUCAAAAAGAAGCACACACAAUAUUGGGACGGUGUGAAACAUUGAAUAUGUUGUCAGAUGAAAUGCAAGAUAAGAACCAAACUAAGGAUUGCAAUGAUGAGUCCACCACGAUGAAGGAAAUCCCCCUAGCAAAGCUGGACAAGGGCAGCACUGCUGCACAGUUUCAAAAGCUGGAAAAUCCAAAGGAGGAAAGUUUGUGCUAUCCAUUAAAAACAGACAUGGCAUCGUGCACAGAUCCUUGCCUUAGUGGCACCCCUCAGAAAGCACAAGACCCCAACUCUGCUGGAUGUGAUGAAAUACACGGUGCCUUUGGGAACACUUCAUAUCAGAAAAGAGUGCUUCCCUUAAAGAAGCAGCCCCAUCGAACAUGUAAGAAAAUUUCUUAUCAGGAGCAAGUCAACAUUGGGAAAAAUAUAAGUAAAAUCAGAAGUUCUGUGUUUUUAAAGAGUUCUUCUGAAACCAUCCCCACAAAAGCACACAGAUUUCUUAAUUCAUGUGCUGUGUCUGCACCUGCACAAUUGGAACCUGAAACAGUACCAACCAGGAGCUUAAUUAGCCACGUACCAAAGCAGAAGGUGACUCCGUGCCAUCCCUUGAGGAGCCUGAAUGUUAGGAAGCUUACCAAAGAAUCAGCCUUACUCAACAAGCUGUCCAUUCUUGCCUCCAGACUGGUCCCAGCCACAAAGACCCAGAAACCAAGAUAUCGGCGAUGUUCCUCUGAACUUCUUCCAGUGGCUAAAAGCUACAAGCGGCUCAGAUACAAGAGGUUUCUGGAUGGAUUUUCUUACAAUACAACGCAGCUGAAUCCAUAUUUGGCAGCUAGUGGAUGGGAUAAGAGGCCUAACAGUAAGCCCUUGACACUUUAUUCUCUUGAAGCCAUCAAAAUGAGCUUCGUAGAUUUGAGCAACAAGGUGCCAUCACUGCUAUUUGGUUCCGAAAUUUUCCCAGUAUCUUUUCACAUGAAAUCAGGCUCUGAGUGCAUGACUGAGUCCCCAAGGACUUUUCCUGAGCACUGUGCUCCAGCCAGGCUCGCCUUAGAAGAGGCCCCCAGGUGCCUGUCUCAACCUCCCAAAUGGACCUUUUCUUUCUUCUUAUCCCACAGUUGCCCUGGGAUGGCCACAUUCAGGGAACACACUGGCCCCCAUGGUCAGGCAUAUGCCCAGGCUCCUUCACAGCCUCCAGGUCCUCUCCAAGACUAUGGAGGCACCGCCAUAGUCCAGAACAGAGCAAGCUGCUCUGUCCUUGGGCUUCACACGCUUCUAGCACUUUGUUCUCCUGGAUGUUACCGAAUCUGGACAAAAAAACGGAGCUUCUCCAGUCACAUGCCUACAAUGCAGAGGCUCUUCAUGACCCAAUUUACACAGGGCUUAAAAGGGUUAAGAUCUCCAGCCUCCAUAGCAGACAAGGUCUUCUGUUCUCUGCCCUACUCGGUGGGCCGAGUGCUAUCCAUUUGGAGCCAGCAUGGGCCUUCUACCUGCCCCUUUGAAAUCUCUACUCUGCAUUCCACUCACAGCAAGCGGCAGCCAACUCUGAGCACCACAAACAGCCACACCAUGUUACCAUAUGUGCCUCUUCCAGGCAUGGAAGCUACUUAUAACACCAAUGGCAGUCAGAUGAGACUAGAGCCUCCAUUCCCUGCCUUGGUACCAAAGUCUUGCUUAGUAACAGACUCAACUGUCAGCAAGCUCCUGCUUUCAGCCUCUGAGUUCCCGGUUCCUGGAUUUGAUGAGCUAGAUGAUGUGGGAGCAGCAUGCCCCCAUCCACAGAGCAGCCCUCCGGAACAGAAGGAGGCUGAGCCAGAGAAGAGACCAAAGAAAGUCUCACAAAUUCGUAUCCGGAAAACCAUUCCUAAACCAGACCCUAAUCUUACCCCCAUGGGCCUUCCUCGACCCAAAAGGUUAAAGAAAAAAGAGUUUAGUUUAGAAGAAAUAUAUACCAACAAGAAUUAUAAGUCUCCUCCUGCAAACAGGUGUUUGGAGACCAUCUUUGAGGAACCUAAGGAACGAAAUGGUACGCUAAUCUCAAUCAGCCAACAGAAGAGAAAACGAGUUCUAGAAUUUCAGGAUUUUACAGUCCCACGAAAGAGGAGAGCUCGUGGUUGACAGUCUGUGCCACACUGGAGCAGAAGAACUGACAUGAGCAAGAAAAAAAAAAGUGCCACAUCUGUCUUGUAGGCCCACUGCCUCAGACAUAGCAUUUAGUAAGUGAAAUACAUAUCUGGUAACCCAUAGAGACUUCUAAGGCCAUGCCAAAUAGCAUUGAAGAGAGCCACAUUUCCACACUGGCUUGGAAUGUGAACCAGAUUCUGCUGUUCUACACCUGCUUUACCCAGACUAUAUAGACACGACCUGUGUUUCACCUCAGUACCUCUUCCGUCCUGGGACAGGGUCCUUAGACACUGAAUGCUUCUCUCUGUCUUUUCGCCUAAGGGAGUGGGGAUUAGUAUUCCAUUGUACUCUCUGACAAGCAUAUUUAGGCAGUGCUGCUGGACAGCUUACAAACUCCCAGCAACUCAACAGAGCCCUGUUUGCCAGCUCUGUUGCUGAUGUAGAAGAGUCAGCAGUGCGGCAGCCUAUGUCGUCCAGCAGACUGAAGUUGAACGGGCACAGCUGUGGCAUCACCACCAUUACAGAGAUACAAUUUCAAGUUUGCCCUUAUACAUAGGCAUGGUAUUUCUAAGAGCCAGGAGCAGUGAUUUGGAAUAUGGGAGGCAUGGAGAAAGUGGAGGCCUGGGCUCCCUCCUUGUCCUGGCAGUGUGGAAGAGAAGCAGCUCUGAGGCAGCCCUGCCUAUCCCUGAAAUUCUUGGCCUGCCCUCUGGCUCACAGCCUUCGCCUGCUCCAAAGUUAAGGGGCCCCUGUUGCAAACUUGAAAUUGCUUACCUGAGGUCGAUACAUCAAGUUCUAGCCUUGCUCAGCCACAUGUCUUUGCAUCCAUUUUCACCGUUGGCCUGGCCAGCUGCAAGGCUACCUGUGGUCCUUGGAGCCUGUGGAACCUGCCCACAAUGAGAAGUGUUAGUCAGCUGCUGACACACCACUUGCCCAGAGCUACAGGAGGUUUCCUUCUGGGGUGGGGGUUGGUAGAAUUUCUGAGUAUGGGGACUUCCCACCCCAAAUGGUGGGAAGUUACAGUUAACUAUGAUUUACUCAGCUAUAACUCAACUCCAGAGGUUUAGUGUUCUUAACCGACUGAGCCACCCAGGCGCCCUAGAAGUUUAGUGUUCUUAAUAUGGGAAAGAGAGGAGAAAUCUCAGGUCCAAUCAGGGUUCUGCCUAUCAUAUUUUCACUGAAACUUCAACUAUGGUUUUUUCUUUUCUUUUCUUUUCUUUUCUUUUUUCUCUUUUCUUUUCUUUUCUUUUCUUUUCUUUUC